CAAAUUUUACGUUGUUUUCACCGAAGUUUAUCGAUUGUACACUUGUUUAGCAAUCAUGAGUAAAAGAAAACAUCAGAAAUCUCUGCCGCCCACACAAAAUGCUUCAUCGGUUUUACUGGAAGACGGAUCCGACGAAGAGGACCAUGCUCAAAACAUGCAGAACGCCGUUAAGGAGUGCGCUCGAUAUAUCCUAUGUCGGGAAGGAAGUAAGAUCCCUAUCAAAAAAGCUGAUAUCGCCAAGCAUUUGGCUACGGCUUGCGAGAUUUCUACCCAGCAUGUCCCCAGUGUCGUAACGGCUGCUGAAAAAUUACUUAAAAAGGUAUAUGGUUACAAGCUAGUCUCAAUAAAAGGAAAAAGUGGUAUACAGUACAUAGUGGUGUUGACCGAGGAGUGCGAGUCCCUGCCCUCAAAUGUGUCGGAGCCGGAGCUCAGGACUCUGCUGAUGGCUUCCCUCACACACAUAUUCAUGUCCGGGGGCAGCGUUAAGGAAGAUGACCUGUGGAAGUUUCUGUGUGAGGCGGGGCUGCUGGAGGAGAAUGACUUUGCCGGCCGGAAGGCUUUCAUUACCACCUUCACCAGACAACUCUACUUGACAUUCACUAAGGUUGGUGACGGCGAUUUAGCUUGGAACGUGUUUGAAUGGGGCCAGAGGGCUCACGAGGAGGUGCCCAAGAUGUUCCUACUGCAGAAAAUGGCUGAGGCCUUUGAGAAAACUCCUGAGCACUGGGCCGAGCAAUACAAGCAAGCUACUCAGAGUAACACCGCGGCCGCCUCAUAGAAUAAGUUUAUUGUUAUUAAUAUUCCAGUGUUGUUAUUGAUCUAAUAGUGUUAACAUAUUACCGGGCCGUAAAAAGGUCAUACCAUAAGUGGGAGCGAGAAAAAGAUAUCCUAUUAAUUCUGAAUUCUCGCUUUUACUUAUUUGCUAAGUGUUAACAAACGCCCACAACGCACCAAAUUCAUCCACUUACUAUCCUGUAAGUGGGCGCAAGAAAGUGUUUUUUUUUUCUCACUUUCUUUUACGUGAAAAAAUACCAAGGUCGGGGUACGGUGCGGUCGUUCGUUAGCUCCUUAAAACUUGUAUUUGUCGAAGGAUGAUAUUGAAAGAAGAAAAUUGUUAGUGGAAAAGGGCGCGAAAAUUUUUUUUGAAUGUGUUCCUAUUCCUACCGUAAGGCCGUUUUCACAUUAUCCGAUCCGAUAUCGGAUGUCGGAAGGAUUUCAAUAGAAAAAAUCCAAGAUGGCGCCUGUAAUGUAUGGGAUAUCGGUCCGACAUCCGAUAUCGGAUCGGAUAAUGUGAAAACGCACUAACUGCCUAUUUUUUUUUUAUUUGCCGUUUUUUUCUAGCGAUGGACUAUAUUUUCAAGGCAAGCCCGCUGAAUGCGGCGACUGUUUACUCUUAAAAUUACUUUUCACCACACCAACUAGUAAAAGCUUACUUUGCUAUUCGAAAACAGAUACCUAGCAAAUUUGCAUUUUGUCCACAAGAGUGCAAAGUAAUUUCAUACAAAUUUCAACUUGAUGACUUAA